CUUAAUUUUACCUGAAGAGGCAAACAUGUUAUUGAACUGCGCAGCUAACUGCUAACUUAGCUUAUAACUUCGUGGUAAUGCACCCACGCCACUGCUGAUAGCUUGAUUUAAAAGCGUUAAUCAUGAAAAAGUUUAACCUGAUUUAAUUCAGUAAUUAUUUUUUUAACGGUGUGUAUGGUUUGAUCAGAGAUUUUUGCAAAACAUCACUUUUGCAAACAAGACGUACUUCUGGUAUUAAUGAUAAACUGUGAUGGAUAAUGGAAACUUAGCUAAACACUACACUCUUCUCCUUAUACUAUAGUUAUUGCACGUGUAGCUAGACCACAUUCAUGUGCACGUUUUGCUUUUGACUUUGGAGAUUUUAAAUUCAUAUAAGAAAAUAUGUGCCUUUAUAGUAAUACAUAAUUAAAUCCCCAAUAUUUGAUCAAUGAUAAGUCUAGCUAAGAUUAGCUCAGUGUGGACCAGAUACAUCAUUGAGUGGCUGUAUAUUCAUAGGUUAUUAUCAGGAAUGUAUUCAAAGGGAAAGAAAGGACAGAAUACUAGAGAUGCUAGGCAUCAGAAAAAGAUGGCAUGGGAAAGCUCAAAGUGAGUUUUGUAUGCAACUCGACACUACGGAUGGAGAAAAUAGGCCGGGAUGGGAGCUCCAGCAGUGAUGAGGACUUAGUGCCUCUAUCAAAGCUGCUGAUGAGGCAACAGAGUGAUGAGAAGGAGUCAUGCGACAAUACCCGCAGCUUAUCCUCCAACUCCAACAAUAAAUCAAAAAAGGACAAAGGUUCAGAUGGCUCCUCGGAUGAUGAGCCGCUAGUAAAGAUGAAGACAAGCCUUGCACCACCUAAGAAACAAGAGAAAAAGGAAAACACACCACCCAAAUCUAACAGCACAAAUAACAAGAACACAGACGAAGACUCUGACAAUGAGCCUCUGAUAAAAAUUGCCAAAAUUUCCUUGAAAGCUGUGAAAAAACCUCCCUCAGUUCCAACCAAAAAAGCUGCUGGUAGAAAGAAGAAAGAGUCACUGGGCAAGGACGACAGCUCCGAUGAUGAGCCUUUGAGUCAAGUUGCCAAGAAACCUCGGUCACGGCACGAGAGAAGAGCAGCUGCUGAAAAAGCAAACCCGGUUACCAAAUCCAAAAGAAAUGCUGCAAAGAAAAAGGUUAAAUAUACUGAGACGUCCACUGACAGCUCAGAUGAUGAGCCACUGGCGGCGAUAAAGAGGAAGUCAUCGAAACAUAGAGACAGCAGCUCAGAUGAUGAUGUGCCCCUUGUGGACCUCGUUGCCAAGAAAAGGAGGCCAGUGAAGAAAAGCCCAAAGAAGAGCACCGUAACACGAGGGCGAGCAUCAAACAAGAGAAAAGCAGAAGUCAGUGAUGAUAGCUCAGAUGAAGAACCGUUGAUUAAUCUUGUGAAAAAACCUCGUGCUAUCAAAAAACCCAAAACAAAGGCUCCCACUCUGAAGAAGAAGAGCACACCUUCUAGGAGUCCAAGAAAGAAGCCAGGUAACAGUGCAGAUGACAAGCCAUUGAAGGCAGCUAAGCAUCCACAAGUGACCAAAACCCUGACAAUCCUACUAGAGAGGUGUGAUGCUGGACACGCUGGGGCAGCAGGAAGCCUAAAGAAAGCCAGCAAAGGAGAAAAACAUGUUGCUGAAAAACCAGAGGAGGAGGAUUCGGCCGGUUCAGAAGAAUCUUCAGAAGAAGAAUAAGUAAAUGAAACAAAUUUCUCAAAGCGUUGUGAAACAUAACGGUCACAGUUAGUGUUCAUGUAAAGUUCUUCACUGUGCUUUAUCUCACUAUUUGUUAAUUUAUGCCCAUUGCAUUUUUACUCCAGAUUUUAGGUGUGGGACCAAAUUUUGUGGGUUCCUUAAAGAUUUUAUGCACUGUCUUUGAUGCUUUGUUUUUUAAUGUUACGUGCCAAUUGUUUGCAGUUUUUGAUUCCUAUGAGUUUAAUUUGUUUUUAUUGUUUAAAAAAGAAGAAAACAGUGUAGCUCUCAUUGCUGUAAGUUACAUUUCACCUUUCAGGCAUUUUAGCUUCAAGUACACCCUCAGCAUGCAGCUAUAAAAUUCGUUGUGUUGGAAUUAAAGUCCUUUCACAAAGAAAUUCA